GCGUUACCGUUUUUUUUGUAAUGUCUGGUUCGUGUUAGGCUUAUCGUGCACGCGCUUUUGUUUUUAACUGAUUUGUUUUUGUUCGGUAUGAGAUGAAGAUUAAGAUGGGGUGUGAGUGAAAUAAUGAGUUUUAAAGAAAUGCACUCUACUACCAAGGUUAAGUUGGCAGACCUGAAUCCUCACCUGCAGUGUGUGCUGUGUGGUGGCUACUUCAUUGAUGCCACCACCAUAACAGAGUGUCUACACUCUUUUUGCAGGGUAUGCAUUGUGAAUUAUUUAAAAGCACACAAGUAUUGCCCCGUAUGUGAUGUAUUGAUUCAUAAAACCCGUCCAAUGUUGAAUAUCAGACCUGACCAAACUCUUCAAGACAUUGUCUAUAAACUUGUUCCUGGAUUAUUUAAUAACGAAAUGAAACGAAGAAGAGAAUUUUAUGCUCAAAAUCCAGAAGCCGUGGCAAAGGGUUUAGUGCCAGCAUCUAGCGAAGGUCGAGGAGAAGUUCAAGAAGGAGGAAGGCUUAUUUUUACACCUGAAGACAUCUUUAGUUUAUCUAUGGAAUAUAGUCCAUUAGACCCGUUUCCUGGAACACACCAGCCAGAACCAGUUGUUAAUCCUCAGAGUUCUCAUCGACGUUACUUGCGUUGUUCAGGUGCUGUCACUGUCGCUCAUUUAAAGAAAUUACUGCAGUCUAAAUACGAACUUCCAUCUAUGUACAAGGUGGAAAUUCUUUAUAAGCACAACUAUCUUGCAGAUGAAUACACAAUAGUAGACUUGGCAUACAUCUACUCCUGGAGGAGGAAUGAGCCAAUGGCACUUUUGUACCAAAUAUGUCAAAAUCCACCAAAGAAGAAAAAAGCCAUUCCUCUUGAUAGUCUUCCAAAUGUACAGGACUCUCCUAAGUCCAUUAGCAGACAGAAUUCUUCAGACAAUAUUCUAGGUGAGACAGCAUCAACAAAUGGGGAUAUUAGUGCCCAAAGUGAUAGUGGGGUGUCUGAAAGUGGAAGCAUGAUGCAGGCUUUGGAAUCCAUGGGGGACCUAGAAGAUUCUCUUAGUAAGAAACCACAAGCCAAUCUGAAUCAGUCUCUGAAACCUGAACCACAGAAAAUCAGUAAGUCCUAUGAAGAAUCUGAGUAUAAAGUGGAAAAAGAAAAUAAAAUAAAACUGGCAAGUCUUGAAGUGUCUUGAUGAUUGUCUCAAAAAACCUGUGGGGACAUAGAGCUGAUGAACAAUUUACGUCAAAGUGUUUUCAUCAAUAAAAAUCAUGUUGUUUACAUAAUAGUCAGUAAAAGGUAGUUUAAAGUGGUUACAAAGAAGAGUAUAUCAGGAAAUUUAUCCUUUUAGUAAAAGGAUCAGACCUGGUUGUGAUUAUUGCUCAAAGUUUGUUUAUUUCCUUAUCCAUUUCAAGAUAUUAAUGCAGUAUUCCUGAAUAACAGUAGCUUAUUUUCAUAACUUUUUAGUCUCAUCUGUGGAGUGACUUUUUUGCUUUCAGAAGAAAGCUAUUGUUGUAAAUAAAAUAAGUUACCUGUAUGAAAGAAGAAAGAUAUUUACACUGUGUAUAUAUAUGGAAUGCUUGUGAGGUUAUUUUUGUAGAACUUUCCUGUCAUGAAGCAUGCUAAGCUAUUUUGCUGUGCUGGAGGAUGCAUCUCUAAGAAAAAAUGAAAGGAAGUAAUCUUAGCCUUUUACGAAGCUUAUAGCAAAGUCUUUCACUGUGUGAAUAAUAGACAAAAUUACAUGAAAUAAAAACAUUCUCCAGAAAAACUAUUUUGUAAGUAAAAAGGUAUAUUGGUACUGUUAGGUAUGUACCGUAGUGUCAAAGUGAAUGUAAUCCAAACUACAAUUAGCUUUAUUCAAAAGUAUUUUUCUGUAUAAUGAGGUUUAAUUUUCUAAAUCAAUGUUAUGUGAAAUAUGUUGGUGAGUUUUGUUGAGAAAAAAAAACAGGUUCUCUUGCUUUGAGCAUUAAACAGAGUUUUGUAUUGAUGUUUUUUAAUUGUUUUUUUUGAAAGAGAUAUUUUUGAAGUUACGUAGAAGUUACCUUUUGGUAAAGGAAUCCUAGUUGAAAAUUUACAUGUGCUGUGAAGCCACUUUGGAAAUAUAUAAAUGUAACAAGGCUAGUUUGUAAAUGAUAUUUAAGCAUAAGAUUGUUGACGUGAUUUUAACUUUUGAGAAGUACUUACAGCAGAUAAAAAGGAACUUAGCAUAAAUUCAUUUUUCAAUCAUUAAAUUUGUGGGUAGCUAACAUUAUUUUCUGUAUUUCAUCUAUAUCUAUUUUUGCUCAAGUUAUGUAUAAUACUGUAUAAUGCACUGCAUUUCGGAUAUUUAACUUGUAUAUAUAUAUAUAUAUAGAUAGAUAGAUAUAUGUAUAGUCAUUUGAAGUGUAUAAAUUAAACUCCAAAUGUAUCAUUGCAUUUUUUUAUAAUUACUAACAAGGCUUCAGAAAGGAUCUUAAGACACUUCGUAAGUCCAGAGGUGUUAUGAGAGGCUGUUUGUAUAUGUUUACAACAAAUUACAUCAGCUGCACAUCCAAGAUACAUCAUCAGAAGUUCUUUUUAAUGUACAAGGAAUUGAUAAGUUUGGUUUGUUGUGUGUGUAACUUGUCUGAUCACUUGAAGCCCACCAAGUGGGAUAUUUAUGGAUAAAUUAGUUUAAAAUGUGUGAACAGAGGUUUAAGUUUGUUUAUUGACAACCUAGAGAAGUUUGCUCUACCAGAAGUUACAACGUGAUAUCUUUUUUUUUUUUUU